AUGUCUCUCUCAGGCAAGGUCGCCAUCAUCACAGGUGGCAGCAAGGGAAUCGGCAAGGCCAUUGCUCAACGGCUGGCUAGCGAUGGGGCCUUUGUUGUGAUCAACUUCUCCAGCGAUGCACCCGCAGCAGAGCAGACGGUAAAGGAGAUAGGUGCAGACAAGGCCUACUCUGUGCAGGCCGACGUCGGGUCCGUGGACGGGGUUGACAAGCUCGUGAAAGCCACCGUCGACAAGUUUGGCAAGGUCGACGUUGUGGUUCCCAAUGCCGGCAUCAUGUGGAUGAAGACCGUUGCGUCCGCCUCGGAGGCCGACUUUGACAGGAUGUUCGCGCUGAACGUCAAGGGUCCUUACUUUCUAGCUCAGAAAGCUGUUCCUCAUAUGGGACCUGGCGGUCGGAUCAUUUUCGUCAGUACUGGCAUCAACAGGGCGACGACCGUGAUGCCGCCGUACACCCUCUACGCCGCCACAAAAGGCGCCAUUGACCAAAUGACCCGCACCAUGGCCAAAGACCUGGCUAGCAAGGGGAUCAACGUGAAUGCCAUCGCACCUGGGCCCACGGAGACAGAACUGUUCAUGAACGGGAAGAGCGAGGCGCUGGUGGAGGGCAUCAAGAAAAGCAGUCCCUUCAAUCGGCUUGGUCAACCUGGAGAUAUCGCCAAUGCGGUCGCGUUCUUGUGUGGCCAGGACAGUAACUGGGUCGCUGGACAGGUUCUCCAUACGAACGGCGGGGCAUUUGUCUAG